AUGAAGCCCGUCGUCUCAGCCUUCAACGCCUGGACAUGCAUCGUCAUCUCCGCCUUCGCCAUAGUCAUUCUCUCAGCCAUCGGUAGCAUGUUCGCCAACAACCACCACAGCAUGAUGGGCAGCACAGAAGAUCCAAAGGACGGCAAGAAGGUGGCAGGAGCAGUGUUUGGAGCGGUGAUAGUAUAUGCUAUAUUCCUCCUCUUCUGCGCAUCACAAGCAUUCCUACACAAGCGGCAACAGAGGCAAGGCGAGAUCGCGCUCCGCUGA